AUGGCGCGAAGACUUGCAGAGAGGCAAGACCAGGGCGACCUUAGAGAGAGAGCGACUAAAGAUUACUUGACCCUGCUGCAUCCGAAUCAGGCCAACCUGCUGGAGAUGUCGGCUGCUGUGUGGAGCAACCUUCACCUCACACCCGGCACCAUCCUGCACCCGGACGAAGGGGAGGUGCGCCUGGACAGGCUGGAGGUGUACGGCGUGCUCAGGGACGACGAUAUUCGCCGGAAGUACGGGUGCUACGACAUCAUUCAUGAAGUGGACGGGCAAAAAGUUCGCCACUGCAACUGGAUCCGGUUUGUCAAGGCCUCGAGCGACUCCGAUAAAGUCAACAUCAUCAGCUCCAUAGUCAAAGGUCAUCCGUUCUUUCAAGUCAUCAAACCCAUCAAGCCAAAUGACGAACUCGUGGUACUAUUCCACGACGAUAGUUCUGAGACAUCGACAUCUUGCCAUGAAGUCACCCAGGUGACGAUGUCAUCGCCCAGUAGGCAAAGUAUACCAGACAGGUCACUGAGUGCACCAAACGGUGGCUCCAGUGACACAACAGAGGAAGAAGAAGACAAGGACUCAUCACCUGAAAUGUCAAAUCAGUCCAGCUGUCAUCAACUCGUCCCCUCUGAGGAAAGAUGUUCUCGACGACCUGAAGACGUUUCCGACGACGAAAGCGCAAGAUGGGGCAAGGACAUGCAAGUGUCUUCCGGAGAAGAAGACAGCGUGUCGUCUCUACAGGUAACCGACAAAGACAUUCCACAGUCUUCAGAGACAGCCGAUCCCCAUCAGCAUUCCGACAACGAACAGUGCUCACCGAGGGAGGACAGAGCAACAUCGUGUGAGACCCAUGUCCCAUUGGUUUCUACAACAACGCCGAUACCGGAAGUACCUUCGCGGCUGUUUGCAGAUGGCGCUCCUACUCGCAGAGGGCGAGAACGAACAUGGUGGCCGUGUGACACGUGUCCCAAGAAGUUCGACAGACCCUCGCUUCUGAAGAGACACAUCCGCACCCACACAGGCGAGAAGCCGCAUGCCUGUGAUGUUUGUGGCAAGGCCUUCUCCACGUCGUCGUCCCUCAACACUCACCGCAGGAUCCUCGGGGAGAAGCCCCACCAGUGCCCCGUGUGCGGCAAGCGCUUCACCGCCAGCUCCAACCUCUACUACCACCGCAUGACGCACAAUAAGGAGAAGCCCCACAAGUGUCAGCUGUGCUCCAAGUCCUUCCCCACACCUGGCGACCUCCGCUCUCACAUGCACAUCCACAACGGCUCCUGGCCCUUCCACUGCGACGUGUGCAACCGGGGCUUCAGCAAGCACACGAACCUCCGCAACCACAUGCUCCUCCACACAGGUGACAAGCCCCAUGAGUGCUCUACCUGUAGGAAACGAUUCGCUCUUCAGUGCAAUCUCAAGGCUCACCUCAAGACACAUGUCGGUGACAAGUCAUCUCCUGCACUAAAUGUGGACAGGCGUUGUCUGACAACCUCAAGAUGGUUUCUGAGGGACUGUGCAGCGGAUGUUUUGAGGAUUCUACAAAAGCAUCAUCGCAGAAAAGGAAAGAGCAGGUGA